UAUGUGUCGGGGACGCGCUGCCUGGGUUCCAAUGAACCUCGGAGUCGCGUUCUAGUGUGGAGUGGGUGCCGGAGGUGCGCUCUGGGCUGGAGCGCUCGGGGACGCGCGCGGGUUGCUGUCGCUGACAGUACGGGUGCGGGAGCCGGCCUCCGCGUCCCCGACACCGCCCGGCGGAUUGCGACAUCAUGUCUUUCAAGAGGGAAAUGCCACUUGCAAACGCUGUGUUCUGGACGGCACGGAAAGGAAAUGCCACCCUGUUGAGGCUGCUUCUAAACAGUGGUCGAACAGAUGCAGACUGCAGAGACAGUCUUGGGACAACCGCUCUGAUGGUGGCUUCAUACUGCAAUCACAUGGACUGUGUUCGGGAGCUGAUCCUACAGGGAGCAGGCAUUAACAUCCAAAGGGAGUCAGGCUCCACUGCUCUGUACUUUGCUGCUCAACAAGGGAACAAUGCGAUUGUGAAAUUCCUGUUGGAGUAUGGGGCCUCGACAGAGCUAUCGACCAAAGAUGGUGCCACUCCUCUGUCCAUUGCCAGUCAGUAUGGACACAACUCAGUGGUGGAGACUUUGCUCAACAGGAGAUGCAACAUUAAUAUCCAGUUGCAGGAUGGGGCGACCUCACUCUUUCUGGCUGCACAGGGAGGUCAUCUCAAAGUGGUUCAACAGCUCCUGUCAGCAGGAACAAAGAUUGACCUACCAAGGCAGGAUCUAACCACGCCGCUGUGGAUUGCGACGCAGAUGGGGCACAUCGAUAUCGUGAAGCUGCUACUCCAACAUGGAGCGAGUUCGGAUACUGCUCGCCAGGAUGGCUCCACACCGUUAUUCAAAGCUGCAUACAAAGGGUUUACAGAAGUCGUUCGGGAGUUAUUAACAUUUUCUCCCUCUCUGGGAGUUCUAAAGAAUGGGAUGACGGCCCUCCAUGCUGCGGUGUUGGGAGGGAGUGCAAGGACUGUGACCCUACUUGUUGAAUCUGGAGCAGAUCCAAGCCUAAGGAACACGGAGAAAGAGUUGCCUGCAGAUCUCACGAGGGACAACCGGCUGAUCCGAUGCCUUCAGUCAAGACAGCAAAGUGGAGAGAGUUGACGAUGAGGAAGUAACCCUGACAAAACACUUCAGCGUGCAGUGAGAGCUGAAAGAGCUUUGCUUUGGACUGGGGAGAGUUAUGAUGAGUGAUUCUAUAGCUGUGGCAUAAAACAAAUUAACAAGCCAUAACUGGGUUUGUUGUGCAUCCUUUGUUUUUAUAAUUUAAUUCAAAAUAAUUUUGGGUAACUUUAACAUUUCCAGAGCCUUUUAAUUCAUUAAAAGCUGAAAGGAAGGAUUGCCUAUUUACUGGUGAUGACAAGAUCUUGAGAAAAGAGAAUAUAUUUGUGGUUUUGGUAUUAAUGAUAAAUGCAGAUAUUUCCUCAUUGUCUCUUUCUGCCAUAAACAUAACUACUGAUACCAAAACAAAUGAAUAAAUUACAGUGUUGAAGUAUUAUUCUGGCACUGGCUGGUUUAGGUUUUGGGGGAAAAUUAAAAAGGAAGCAUUUUGAAGUGAUGUUCUUUAACCCACUGCCUGUAAGGGAAGGGAGUGGGUGCGGGGUCAGUCAGGUGUCCAGAGGAAACUGGACAGGUAAAUAACAUGCAGGUCUGCUGGAAAAGGGACAAUAGGAAGGCCAGGCUUUCGCUGCAAGGAUCUGGCAUGAACUCAAUGAGCUGAAUGACUUCUUCAGUGCACUUGAAGUUCUAUGAUCUUUGGUUUAGUCGUAAGAUUUUAUUAACAUUACUCAUCAAAAAUAUGUAGAGAUGGAUCAAUUUACAGAACCAAAUGAUAAUCUUUCCAUUGCACUGUGUUUAAUUAAACUAUAUCUCAAAUUUUACCGGUAUUUAUGAAUGGAAAUUUCUUGAAUAUCACAGAACGUCUUUUUUUUUUGGCUUAAGAAUGUCCAUAAUUAAAGUACCUUCUCACUAUGAGGCCUUAUGGUAUGUCAAAAUCAGAACCAAAAUCAGAAACAGGUUUAUUAUCACUAAAAUAUGCUGACUUUUUAAUUAUCAUAAGCUACAAUAAAUAAGUAGUUGAAAAGAGGAACAGUGAGGUAGUGUUCAUGAAUUGUUCAGAAAUCUGACGGUGGAGGGGAAGAAACUGUUCCUAAAUCAUUGAAUGCAGGCCUUCAGGCUCCCCUACCUCCUCCCUGAUGAGAAGAGGGCAUAACCUGGAUGGUAAGGGUCCUUAUCUGCCUUCCUGAGGUACUGCUUUUUGCAGAUGGCCUUGAUGUAUCCCUGAUGGAACUGUCUGAGUCUACAACCCGCCGCAGUCUCUUGUGAUCCAGCAAAUUGGAGCCUCCGUACCAACCUAGGUGCAACCAGUCAGAAUCUUUCUCAAAGUCAGGGUAAAAAUCACUUAGUGCUGCUAUGCCAGAAUAAAAUAUAUUUGGAGAGCAGAGCUAAUGCCCAAGAGGAUGGAAACCCAAGUAAUCCUGGGCCCUGUGUCUCUAACAGCAACAAACUGCCGGAGAAACUCCACCAUCCAAACAGCAUCUGUGGGGGAAGAGGGAAGGAUUUUUUUGAUGUUUGGGCCGAAGUCCUGCAGGGUCGACAGAUCCUGUUACCCCCACCCCCCAACCUGCCGACUUGCUCCAGCAGAUUGCAUGCUGCUCCAGCUCCCAGUGUCUGCUGUCUCGUGUGUCUCUCUGUAACACAUAUGGCAUGGAGUUGAUGCCACCAUAGGGAGGAUGGUGGGGAGUUUGAGGAGGGUGGGUUGUCAGCAUAUGAAUGAAUACAAGCUGAUAAGACUACUGAACAGUCUCCCACAGUAAGAUGAAAUCCUGACAUCAGAAUCUGCCUUCUUGUGAUCUUGCACCUUAUUGUUUACCUGCACUGUUUUAUCUGUAGUUACAUUUUAUUCUACAGUCUGUUAUUGUUUUACCUUGUUCUACCUCAAUGCACUGUGUAAUGAAAUGAUCAGUACAAACGUUAUGUGAGACAAGCUUUUCAUUGUAUCUCAGUACAUGUAACAAUAAUAAACAAAA